UGCCGCUUGACGCGCCGGGGGCAGCGGGGACAAGAGGACACAAGUUGACCGCGUCCGGACUCGGGCUCAGCGGCUGUUGCCCUCGAGUUCAACCCGCCGGUCGGACGCCGAGUCGCCGGGAGACAUGACCGACCUGUGGGCUUCGCUGGCGGCGGUGGGCGCCGCGGUGCUCCUCAGCGAGGCGACCCGCCGGAGCGCGCGUCUGCUCCCGGGCGCCUGCGGGACCUACCUGCUGGAGGCGGCGUGCACCUUCCAGCUCUGCUGCUGCACGCACGAACUCAAGCUGCUCGGCGACACGGCGCCGCUGCCGCCGCCGCUCGGCCUGGGCCUCACCUACACCAUGACCGUGGUCCACCUGCUCUCUUUCCGCGGGGCGACGUGCAACCCCACCGCCGCCCUGGAGAGCGUGUGCCGGGGAACGAGCAGCGCGCGGGCGGCCGUCGCCCUCGUCGCCUGCCAGUUCGCCUCCGCGGUCGCCGCGCAGUCGUUCGCCGCCGCCGUGUGGUCGCUGGGUCUGUCCGACGUCCACGUCCGGCACCAGAAGUUCGGGUUCCGGUGCUUCGACCCGCUGGGCGGCUCGGUGCCGGAGGCCGCGGCGGUGGAGCUGCUCUGCGCCUUCACGGUGCAGGCGGCCGCCGUGCACGCGCACCGGGUGGACGAGAAGCUGCGCGUGCACUGCAUCGCCGCGGUGAUCACCGCGCUGGUUCACACAGGUGGCAGUAUUUCCGGAGCCGUCUUUAACCCCGUCCUGGCCUUUUCCAUCCAGUUCCCCUGCAGCGGCCACACCUACCUGGAGUACUGCUUCGUCUACUGGCUGGGACCGAUCCUCGGUGUGGCGAGCUGCAUCCUGCUGUUCGAGAAGAUCCUCCCUUUCCUUUCUGGAAGAAACACGGUCGGGCUCGAGGCCCCAGUUGUCCAGAAACGGAAGAAACACUAAGCAGUAGUGUCAUCAAGUGGGGACGAGUUCGUAAGCUUUCCAACCCCAUGAGUCUGUGAAUAAUACCGAGUAUAUAUGGUAUAUACGUUAAUAAAGCACAUAGAAUAUAGACACAGGGAUUGUACCAAUCAAAUGGCAGCAGUGACGGAGUCAGUCACAACCCAAAAGGAUGCAGAGGCUUAUUUCUUACCAAAGUUGACGUUUGACAUUACAUUAAUAGUUCUCAUGACAGAUUGUGGGUGAGUAUAACCUGCCUGUACGUAUGUUUUUCAUAUGAAGACGAUGGAUGGGACCGAGUGUUUCUUGACUGUAGCUCGCUGCUGCCGCCGUCACCACUUUCAUCGGAAAAAUGAAAUGACGACACUUGAAACUUGAAAUGAACGCGACUUAACCAAA